AUGGACUUUAUGCAAAUCUUCACCAUUAUCGCGUUCCUCUGCACUCCUCUGCUUCUUAUGUGUUCGAAAAAACGGAAAAUUGUUGAAGCCGAAGAAGAAGAUGGCGGGGAACGGUUGUUGGCAGGAAAAUCGGGCAAAUCGAAAGAACGGAGAGUUAAAAAGAGUAUGGGGAAUCAACUUUUAGCGGCAAGAACAAAGAAAUCGAAAAUGGUGACGGCAAAGGUGAUCAAAAGCAAGAAAAAGGUGAACGGAUCGAAGGAGCAAAGGAAUAGGCCAUUUGGAGGCCAAAAUAAGGCGAGAGGGCAAAGAUCGAAUUUAAAGACGCGAACGCAAGUGGCGAAUAAGCCAAGCACCACAUCCGCAACACCGAUGUCACCGUCACUAAAUGAGCCAAAGAAAACGAGUGUCGUGGUUCGGGCUAAGGAAUCAGCAAUGUCGCCACAGACAGUUUUCGAAAUGUUCGAAAAUUCACCGUCGCUGGCCAACACUCAACUAUUGAAUCUGAACGAGCUUUUUCGCCGCAAGGAAGAGGCCUUGGAAAAGGAAAAACUGCAGCGCUCAAAAAUGAUGGAAGAAAUCGACGAAAUUUAUCGAUCACCCGAAAGAGACGAAAUCAAUCUUGUGCCGGAUCUGCUCAACAAUCCAAACUUGUAUUCUCCAGUCAAAGCCAACCCGGAGAAAGUACUUUGGAGCCAAGGAAUGAAGACAUUUGAGUUGCGACUGCUGAAUACGAAUUAUGCUAUAAGGGCUUUCAAAAUGCGCUGCACGGAUAACUCGAUCUUUCAAAUUGAUCCCGUUUUUGGAUACGUCGAAGGCAUCGAAACCAAGAAGCCCUUCAUAGUUAAGGUCACCGUAAAGAAGCCAUUAACAACGCAGCAGUCGAUCAAGGUCGAGUCGAUCGAGGUGGAAGGCGGAAACGUCGAGCCAGUCAUUCCACCAUGUGAUGCCUUCAAAGCCAAAGACAUUCGGGACAGGCAAUUCACGAUAGUGCAAGUCAUCCCUCCACCACAUUCU